UGUAGUAGUGGUCUUAGGAGACAUCGUCGUUGUUGCCCUCAGAAUUGUAGGCACUUGGUGGUGGGGUAGAAGUAGAGGAAGAAGAUGGUGAUGUGCCACGGUUUCCAAUCAUGUUUCGAAGCGAUUCCCCCACCAUGGACACCGUGGACACCACGGAGCUCGCUAAGCCGUUAAAUAUUUCGGCUUUGAUUUGCCCUCUUUUUGGGGGGAAGCUUGAUCUCUUCUUUUCAGAGGCUUGUGGUUUUGGCGGGAAGGAGCAGAGAGAGGCAGAGAGUGAAGGAGUGAAAGAUCAAAGAUGGCGAACAAGCUCAUCAAGCAGAUGGGAUUGCCAAAUUCCAUUGCUAACAUCUUCACUGCUCGCAACAUCAUCACCGCCAAGGAUGCAUUGUCUCUGACUGAAUUUGAGUUGAUGGAACAAUUGGACGUUGGGAUGGCAGAAGUAAAAUCUGCAAUGGCACAUAUCAGUGAAGUUGUUUGUCCGCCUUGUCAAACUGCAUUGCUUCUGAUGGAGCAGCGAGUGCGCGAUGAGAGAUCGGCCGGUCAUCUUCCAACUCGUUUGAGAGGAUUGGAUGAAGCCUUGUGUGGCGGCCUACCCUUUGGUGUUGUGACAGAGUUGGUUGGUCCUGCUGGAAUUGGCAAAACGCAGUUCUGCUUGAAGCUCUCACUGCUGGCAUCUUUGCCGGCAAAUUGUGGAGGCUUAGAUGGGCGUGUCAUAUAUAUUGAUGUUGAAUCCAAAUUUAGUUCAAGAAGGUUGAUACAGAUUGGAAUAGAGAAUUUUCCUGAAAUAUUUCUCAAGAAAGGAAUGGCACAGGAGAUGGCUGGUAGAAUCGUUAUUCUGCGUCCCACAUCACUUUCUGAGUUCACUGAGAGUUUGCACCAUGUCCAAGUAUCACUCCUCCAGAAACAAGUGAAGUUGCUCAUAAUUGAUAGCAUGGCUGCCCUUGUUUUAGGUGAGCAUGAUUGUGGAGCUUCUAGACAACAAGCAUUGGGUUGGCAUGUUUCUUUUAUCAAGUCACUUGCAGAAUUUUCACGAAUUCCAAUAGUAGUGACAAAUCAAGUAAGAUCUCAAAUUGGUGAUGAACCUCUUACGUUUUCCUUUCAAGCACGAAGCCACUCUAUAAAAAAAGAAGAUCGUGCUGCAUAUGAUUCUCAUCUUGUUGCUGCUCUGGGCAUUAACUGGGCUCAUGCUGUGACCAUCCGUCUUGUACUUGAGGCCAGAUCAGGUCAAAGAUUUAUCAAGUUAGCAAAAUCUCCCAUUUCUCCUCCCUUGGCUUUCCCUUUUAACAUAACUUCAUCAGGGUUGGUUCUUCUGGAUGAUGAUGGGAUAGAGAUGAAAGGAUCAGAAAUAAACACUAUCCACUGCCAAGGCCAAAAAGCUUUGUUCAAUUCUGAAUGGUGAAUGUAGACUAGUUGCCUUAACCUGCUCAAUUAAUCCCUUUCUCCAAGACAUUACAAGGUUAGUUUUAUUUUUAUUUGUUUUUUGUGUUAAUUUACAAGGUUUAGUCGAUAUAAAAUUCUUGCUUGUGGUGUAUAUAUUAUCGUCUACUCUUUCAUACUUGAGGUUAUUUUAGUUAAUGUUUUUGGUUUGUUUAAUUGGGGUGGAUAAAUGAAAUUUAUCUUAUAGCAUUUCGAAAUAUUUGGAGUUUGUUUUAAUUGAUAAUUUCUAAGAAAUGCAAUGCAACAAGU